AAACAUAUUUGAUUACUGCAGGGAAAACAACAUUGACCAUGUAACCAAAGUCAUCAAAUCGAAAAAUGUGGAUGUGAAUAUGAAAGAUGAAGAGGUCUUCUCUGUGCAGUGACGCACAUCAGGGCAGAGCUCUACUCCAUUGGGCAUGUGAUCGAGGACAUAAAGAACUAGUUACAGUCCUGCUACAGUAUAGAGCUGAUAUUAACUGUCAGGAUAAUGAAGGUCAAACAGCUUUACAUUACGCUGCUGCCUGUGAGUUUUUGGACAUUGUGGAGCUGCUGCUCCAGUCCGGCGCCGACCCCACCCUCCGAGACCAGGACGGCUGCCUGCCAGAAGAGGUGACAGGUUGCAAAGCUGUAUCUCUGGUGUUGCAGCAGCACACGACUGGCAAGGCUUAAUCAAAGACUGGAAAACCACAGUCUGUAACAUCAGAGAGCUUCAGUGAUGAAAGAAAACGGCAAAAAAUAAUACUUCUUUUACCACCAUCUUUGGUAUACAUUGGCUAAUAAAAUCAGUUCUGAGGAACUAGGAUUUUGAAGUCUCAGCA